AUGCAGCAAGAGAUGUUGGGAUUUCCCAAGCUUCAUGAAAAGAUUGUAGAUGUUGUAACCAGCUUGUUACGUAGGCGAUUACAACCCACAAACAAUAUGGUACAAAAUUUAGUUGCAAUAGAGUUAGCAUAUAUCAACAAUAAGCAUCCAGAUUUUCAUGAAGCCAACUUAUUCCAAAGAUCACAAGAACUGGAAAUUAGUAAAAAUUUAAAUGAAUUCCGUGUUAAUAAUGAAUCUACAAAAGACCAUAAGAAUGGGAAUCCGGGUAAAAUUUCUAAUUACUUGCGGGGUCAGGGUGACCUACAUAAUGAUUUGUCACAGACCAGUAGCCCGGCUAGCAGUCGACCAGAUUCACCCAUUCACGCUGUAAAGGGAGUUAACCUUCUGUCAGAUGUGCCCCAGCCUACAUCAAGGAAACUCUCCCCCCGAGAACAGCGGGACUGUGAUGUCAUAGAACGAUUGAUCCGAUCCUAUUUUCUGAUUGUGAAGAAGAACGUCCAGGAUACGAUUCCUAAGGCCAUUAUGCACUUUCUGGUGAACUACGUAAAGGACAAUCUACAGAGCGAACUCGUUAGCUCAUUGUACAAGAAGGAAGAGCUGGAGUUCCUUCUGGAGGAAUCAGAACAUAUAGCACAGAGGCGCAAGGAGGCCAGCGAAAUGUUACAGGCACUUCAACGAGCGAGUCAAAUAAUUGGCGAGAUACGAGAGAUUCAUCUGUGGUGAGGAUAAUUGGACAGUGCAAACCAAAGGAAGGGUUUAUAUAAAUCGUUACCCCGCUACACAGGAACAACACAUGGACAUUUAUAAACAUUUCAAUCAAUUUACAUUGAAACAAAACAGACUUCUCAUAUACAUACCCAUACAUGUACAUUUCUUUUUUCUACAGGACACUCCGUAAAACUUUGAUGUUAUUUUAUGGGUAUAUUACAUCUAGGUGUGUAAUAAAAUUUAAUUCAAUUCGUAAAUCAAAAAUGUGUGUUAAAUGAGUGCUACAACUGUUUUUUUUUCUUAGGUCAUUUAUAAUUAGAUUAAAAGUACUCAGUACAUGAAACUGAGCUGAUUUUGUGUAAAGAAUUUAAUUUU